CUGACCAUGGCUGUCUGUCUGUACUUGUUACGGUGCAACCUCCUCCUCCUCCACCUCCUCCUCCACCUCCUCCUCAGGAGCCGCUGCAACUUCCCCUCCGCCAGCCUCCUCCUCUGCUCGGGGACUGCAAAGGCAUGGGAUAGACCCAGCGCGACUUCUGCCUCCCCGCCAGCCCUCGCUCCGUGUCCCCCUUUAAAUUAAAGUCUGGUCCUCGCUCCUCGUCGUUUUAGAGAUUCAUUGAUCAGUCUAGUGCCCCCCACCCCGAUUUCAUCUUCCCUGUCUGGGGCAGCGGGUCGCAGGGGACCGAGAGUUUAUUUUAGGGAGGGGGCUCUCCACCUCCCGUCCCCCCGCCCCCCACGUUUCUCCUCCUUUCUUCGGCCGUGACUUGAUGUCCCCGCUCCUCUCGGCUCCCGCCGCCCGAACUCACCGUCCUGCGCUCGAGUGACGCACCGGCACCCCCCGCCCACAGCCCAGACGUCCCCUCCCUCGCUGCCACCCCGACCCGUCUCGGAGCUGGACCCGGUGGCGACUUCUCCGCGGAAGGAUAUAUGUUGGGUAAAGGAGGAAAACGGAAGUUUGAUGAGCAUGAAGAUGGGCUGGAAGGCAAAAUCCUGUCUCCCUCCGACGGUCCGUCCAAGGUGUCUUACACCUUACAGCGCCAGACUAUCUUCAACAUUUCCCUUAUGAAGCUCUACAACCAGAGGCCCCUCACCGAGCCCAGCCUGCAGAAGACCGUCCUAAUCAACAACAUGCUGCGGCGGAUCCAGGAGGAGCUCAAGCAGGAAGGCAGCCUGCGGCCCGCCUUCGCCCCGGCCUCCCAGGACGACAUCCUGUUCGCCGACAUUGACACGUCCAUGUAUGAUUUCGACCCCUGCACCUCCGCCUCGGGCACAGCCGCGAAGAUGGCCCCCGUGUCGGCGGACGACCUGAUUAAAUCUACAUUCUAAUUUAUUUCCCCGCCCCUCCCCCACUUGAAUGUGUUUUUAAAGGCUAAUUAUCAACUCAGGAGAGCAGUGGGAAACAGAUCAAAUUGCUCUUGUUCUCCUACAAGCAACCUCCACCAGGACACCUUGUACUGCUGCAGAUGUGUCAUUUCCUGUGAUGGGACCAGGGACCAUAUAUCGGUGAGGGGAGGGUUGUUGUAAAUGCUUCCAGUAUUGCUGUGCCUGUCCAUUUUAAGAGCUUCCUUUUUCUGUGGAGAACAAGCCAGCCCGGAUGCCACGCUUUUGAUAACUGGAGGACCUGGUAAACUCACCACAUGCUGCAUACUUAUCCAUAUGUAUACAUACACAAUAGUGUUGAUUAUUCCGAACAAUAACAGGGUAAGGCGGUUGAUUUGCCGUUGUUAAAAGCUGAUUUACAGUAACUUAGAACAACUGUACUUUGGUUGGAUUAGCAAAUCGUGUGUUUAAACAAAUCCCAUAUGUUGGGCAACAGUUCAAAUAAGCACGGCGAAGUGUUGCCCAGACGUGGUCUCGGACUCUAGUAUUUGUAAGGCUGGUCUUGAAAAUCAAAACAAACAAACAAAAAAAAACACCCCAACAUCAGGCAAACGCUUGUCAGCUCUGGACACCCUUGCCGUAAACGCUCGAUAUUCACGGUCUUCUGAGGAAGACCCGGGAAACAAGUGGCAGGGUUUAAAAAGAACAAAACCAUCAAGUGUUCCCAAAGCGAUGUCCCAGCAGGGAAGACUGUGAGCCGUGGGCGAUCUGCACGUCCCAGUCUGAGCGUGGACUGGGGCGUGCCUCCCCCGUGCAGAGGACAUCGCGUGGCCUUCAGAGUCAGGCAGGCAGUUCGAGGUGCCUUCAUGAGAAAGACGUGCUGGGUGUGACCAGGAGAGGACACCCAUGGACAGUGAUGUGCAAUGAAGUGACAAGAUGAGAGCAGAAUAUUAAGAGCUUUGAAUUUGAAGUGAUUUUUUUUCCAUAAGUUAUUUAUUCCUUUUUUUUUUCUGUGUAAAUAUAUUUAUUUUACUGUGGAGCUCUAACAACAUCUGGAUCGUAACAUGUGCAGAAUGUAUGGUAGGAAUGUAUUCUCUGGUAGGCAUGUCAAUCUGUAUUAACGGGGUCCGAGCCAGACCCCCCGGGUCGUCUCAUCAUAUGCCCAGUCCACAUUCACUUGUACUCUCUUCUCCAAUGUGGGUCUAUUUGAAAUAUGCAAAAGGUAUGGGUGAGGGAUGUUUCAAUACCUCCAAAUUUUUAAAGAAAAUCAAGCAUCAAAGUGUUGAUCUUUUUAAAUGUUUUUUAGUAGCACUUUCUCUCUCCGACUGAAGGGGCAACCACACCGACACCCUUGUUCACACCACAAGGUGAGAACUAGCCAGGACCUCCUCUACACCUCGAGUGUCUUUAUCAAUUGAGCUUUUUAUUGCCAUAGCCCCAUGGCACGUCCCAACUGCCCUGAGGUCAAUCAAGGAAAAUUUCUUACAUAAAUAAGCUCCAAAGAGCCAAAGUAUCAACUUACGGAUCGUUUUUAAAGCUUAAAUUUAUUAACCACCUUCGUGGUAAACAAUGAAUUAUGAAUACCGCUGGGCAGCCUUCUUAAAUGACAGAUGUUUAAAAAAAAAAAAAAAAGACUCUACCUAGUGUAGCGAUUGAUAUUUUCCAUGAAUUGUCUUAAUUUAAAAACCUUGCUGUUACAAAUUGGGCCUUCCUACAUUUUAUGAAAAUACCGAAAAGAGCAUAUUGGACCUAUUCUGGCUGUAAAUGGUUAACUUCCUGUAAUUGCUGGCGAACAGCGAGGUGUAUGUUCCUGCUUGUGUACCAUUGUCUUCAGUGCUUCUAAGAAUGAGUCUAAACGUUUCUUGAAAAUUAGCCAGGAUCAAAUGCUAUUGCAGACAAAGCCAAUAAAAAUUUUGGACAUCUUUUGGGGAUAAGUGUGGAAGAGAAGUGCAGUCCAUGCAAGCAAACAACCAAGAUUUUGGAAACGAUGUACAUAGCGACAUUUGGUGCAUAGUUUUUAAGGAGGAUUUUGUCUAAAGAGGAAGUGUAACCUUUCCCCCACAGACCUGAGAGCUGUGCCUUUUCUAUGCAAUAUUACAGACGUUACAUUGGAACCCCGAUGGCUGUAUUCACAUGUAGGUUUGGGCUGUAAUCGAAACAACUGGACAGAUGAAAUGUACAUGGAAAUGAGCAGUCUUACUUUUGUAGUUUUAUAUUAUACAAUAAACAGUUAAAAGGUGA